AUUCUGUCCUAAAACGGCAUCGUUUCAUUCAGUUCCCGGUCUGGAGUUUCUCGAUUCGUAAAUUCCCGCGCAUCUCUUAAAUCCCAACAAUUCAAAAAACUUUGAAGCUUUUCUUUCUUUAUUUUGAUCCAAACCAUUCAAAUUUUCUUUCCUCUCAACUCAUCACUCUUGCUCCCAAAAAACUACAGCAAAAUCAAUAUCAAAUUGCAGAUUUGAUUUUCGAAUCGACAAUCAGCAACCGAAAUGGAAAGUGAAACAAACGGAGUUAUGACGAAGCGCAUGAAACUCGGUAUAGAAGACAAAGAGCAGGAUAACAGAGACGGAAGCACCGGCUUAGAUAUCGUAGAGAAGGAAGAAACCGAAAUGAACAUUGCUGGAUCGGAAGAGAUGGAGCUUCAUGUUGCUAAUAUUUUUGAGAAAAUUGAACAGUUCAAUCAAAUGGUGUCCGAGCUAUUGGAAUCGGGGAAAGCGAUGUUUAAGGAGAUGAGUAAUGAAUUUGAAGAGCGUUUGCUUAUGAUACAUAAGGAACAAAUGGAGAAAUGGCAGGAGGAAAUCAAAGAAUUGCGCAUGCUUGAUGCAUCAAAUGAGGAGACCAAUGCUGUCCUGCAUAAUGCUAGAUAUGUACUUCAGAAUCCUGCUAUUGAAUCUUGAAGGCUAGAUUCUGCAGUGCCUUCAUAGCUGCAUGAUGAUGGAAUGCUGUGAAAAGAAAAAGUUAUUCGUUAAACUCUGAAACCCCGAUAGACACUUCAGAUGGGAAAUUUGUAUAAAGUGUAAGGAAAAGUCCUAUCUUUUGGUCGCAACCGCAAGGAUUAGGUACGAAUUGCUUUUACAUGUAGCUCUGUUGGAAUAUCUGAACUUAUUUUUCCUUCAACUAAAUAAUUAAUCAUAUAGUGUUCCUGCUUCAAUUUCUGAAAAAUAAA